AGGGUAACAAACUAAAAAUAGUCAGUAUUGAGUUUUGUUGUGUGUGGAUUGUAAAAACUUUUUUAACUCAGGUAGUUUGUUCAAAUUAUAGAUUUUAAUAUGGGGACAGAGGCGAAUAAGGAUGACCGAAGCACACCAGAAUAUUUAGCACAGUUAUUAAAAGAUAAAAAACAAAUUCAAGCUCUUCCGAAUGUAUUCGUUCAUGUGGAAAAACUUUUAGACGAAGAAAUAAACAGAGUCAGAAUUUCACUUUUUCAUCACAAAACAAACAGAGAACCAUUAGAAUUACCACAAAAUGAAGGUGCUGCCGUCACAUUAUCAGAAAAAAUAUAUGUACCGUCAAAAGAACAUCCAGAGUUUAAUUUUGUGGGUCGGAUAUUGGGUCCGCGUGGUAUGACGGCUAAAGAAUUAGAACAGUAUACAGGUUGUAAAGUUAUGGUACGAGGUAAAGGCUCAAUGAGGGAUAAGAAAAAAGAAGAACAAAAUAGAGGUAAAGCCAAUUGGGAACAUUUAAAUGAAGAAUUACAUGUGUUAAUCACAGUAGAAGACACAAAAAAGAGAGCUGAAAUGAAAUUACAGAAAGCAAUUGAAGAAGUUAAAAAAUUAUUAGUUCCAGCACCUGAUGGUGAAGAUGAUUUAAAGAAAAGACAACUCAUGGAGCUAGCCAUAAUUAAUGGCACGUAUCGUGAUACAUCUAAACCGGCUACAGCCACAUCUCAAUCAGCACCUCCACCGAGUCGUAAGUCUACUCGAAUCUCGUCCCAAUACCUUGUGUGCGCUCCCAGGUUCAUGGGUCCACCUUUAACUGUUCAACAAGCUGCUCAAUUUCGUACCGGUACUCCUGCUGGAGCACCAAUCAUCUUAGCUCCUCGAAUGCCGAAUAUUGCUACAAGUACAGCUGGUAUCAUGAAUGGACAACCACCACCAUUAGUAUCACCCUCAGAGGGAGGGUUAAUGUAUAACCCAUAUGAUUAUCCUUUCACCUACGCUCCUGCAGCAGCUGCUAUAUUAGAGUACCCUACAGGACUAGAACAAGCUGCAGCUGGUAUGUUUGUCAGAUGAUGGCCUUAUAAUAAAAAGUAAUAUUGAAUAUAGUGAUAUGCCUGAUUUUUUAUUAGUUAGAUUAUUUUAUAUAUAUAUUUGAUACGUAGAAUAUAUCACUAUAUUCAAUAUUAAUUAAUAAUUUUAGUAUUAUACACAUUUGUAUGAAUUUUUUUUUUACGAUUUGAUUUAGAUUUGUAUGCUCAAUUUGUUAUCAAUAUGAUUUUAUCAAAGUAUCAUCCUAAGUGCAAUUAUAAACAUUCCAUGAUAUUGAAGAAAUUCAUAGGUCUAAAACCAAAAUGUGCAAUUUUUUUUACUUAGUUCACCAUGUGUGUUUUAUGGCUCAAAGCUAGUGCAAUUGUUUUCAGCAAGAU